GGACUGCGGCCGAGAUACUGCCAAUCAUGGGGGGGCUCAAUCAUCAUGGGCAUUUCCUGCCAAACUGCGUCGGGACUUGCGGUCGAGGUGCGCCGACGGGAUAUGGAAUCGCGACGUCCACGUCACCAGAAUCACCUGUGCUCGGAGGCAAUCAACAACAGCAAUCAAGAUUGCGUAUGGGUAUAAGAGUUAAACAGUUUGGCAACGAGAAUGGUCCGUGGAACCUGGAACAGGUGGUGAGGGAGCGUCUGAGUCGAAUCUUCAGCCCCAACAGUUUCACAGGUCUCCGAUCCCUACCUAAUUUGAUCGAACCCAACUGUCGAAAACUCGUGCCUCAGCCGCUCGGUGCUGCAGGGUACCAAAGAUCCCAACUCCACCAGCAUCAUCAACAACGGCAACAAUUGUACUCUACGAGCGUGUCGCCCACAGGAGCUGCGGCUAUGGAAGCGUCCACAGGAGGAAGGAGAAGCAUUGAUGCCGCUCCUUCUUCCUCGUCCGCGCAGCUGCUGUCGCCCAUAGCCCCGACGGCGAUGGCGGCGAAGACGAAGACGAGAGAUGCGGCUAUGGCGGCUAUGGCGGCGCCCGCGGUGCUGGCGAGCCCUUCGCCUUCGCAUGUCCGUCCCGAAGGCGAAGGAAGGACAAACAGCAGCAGGAUAGCGGAUGAUGACGUCGAGGGAUCGACGACGAGACCGGGGGAGGAGGAGAGGGGGCGGAGGGGGGACAGGGGGGCGAUGGCCAAGCUCGAUGACGUGGACCAAUCCGAGCACAGGGCAAACGGAGGGGCAGCUAACGUGGCGGGAACGCUUGGUGAGAUGGAUGGAAAAGCAAGGGCAGGGGAAGGAGGUGAAGGAGGAGGAGGAGGAGGAGGAGGAGCAGGUGCAGGAAGAGAAAGAAGACGCCACGAUCUAUCUCCGCACCAGAUCACCACGUCCUCAACAGCAUCUGCUGUUGCCACGUCAUCACCCCCGGCGCUAACGCCAGAUCCUGCUGCUGGUGCUGGUGCUGCUGGUGCUGCUGCUGCGCUGGCAGCUGAAGGUGAGUUGCCAAGUAUCACCUCCCUCCCGCCCGUGGCGAUGGUCGUCGAUGGGAGGGCCAUCGACAAGAUUGGCGGCCAAGAAGACGUCCCCGCCACCUUCCCUCAGUCUGACUCAUCAACAACGAAAGUCAAGGGGGGAGGCGCAGGACGAGGAGGAGGAGGAGGGAGCAAUGCGCUCACUCUAGCUCCUUCUAUCUCCACGUCCACCAUAGCCAGCAGCCGAUUAAGCUCUCACGCACGGGGAGGAGCAGGCCUCAGCUCUCAAGUUAGCCAAGUGUCUUCGCCGAAACUGUCGACGUCAACAUUCCUUGGUCCUGGUCAGCGAAAGGCUGGACACAUGCCUGGAGCACGACGAGACUUGAGGAUCCAGAGGUAUCUGCUGGUUCGUGAUACACAUGAGGAUGAUCUCAUCAGGAGUGCAGCGAGACUUUUACGAGCUCGAGAUGGAUCUCCUAUCGACUGGUUCGACUUCAUUGGACUACUUCGAAAUGACGAGGGAUUUUUCCCUAAAACUCGCGCGGAUUUCAGAGCCAACACGGCUCGAACUUCCGAUGAGCUUUACGGUUAUACUUUAUGGCUGGUAACAACGACAAUCAGGAUGGGAGAAGCAUAUGGCAUUCGGGAGCUUGCAAGAAUUAUUCAGCAGUCCCAGAAGGAUCAAAUCCCGAAGAUUGACGUUCCAUUGUUUGAUGGUAACAACGCCUCGGGAUGGGCAGAAAAGUUCGAGCAAUUGGGAAGUUGUUGCGAAUGGUCGAAUGAAAAGAUGUUGCGAAUGGUGAAGAGAUACUGCAAGAUGCAGUACAAGGAAGAGAUGGAGGAGUUGGUACAAGAUUCGCUGGACUGGGCAAAAUUCAAAAGGAAGCUGCUAGAAAAGUACCUGUUGAGCGAUCAACUGUUGGACUUGACUGAUUUGAGGAAGGCUAGUUGGAAAAGCUUUGGUACAACAAAGCAGUUCCUUAUUGAAUUCGAGCGGGUGGCAAAAUUAGUUCAUGACCUUCCAGAUAAAGAUCGUUGCCUCAUCUUCCUGGAUAAUUUCACGGAGGAAAAGGAAGUGUAUUAUAAGGAAGAACGCGAGUGGAUCAGAACGUUGAAGGAGAAAGGUGAAAAGAGGCCGUGUCGAUUGACGGAUGACAGGGUCAAGGAGAUGAUCAUUGGAGAGGAUGGCCUCCUUACUAAGGGAGAAAUCCAAUUCUUUAUCGACGUUAUGAAGAAAGUUCAUCUUGCUUAUGCUUUUGAUGAUGAUGAGCGUGGAAGGCUGGACGUCGAUAUGAUUCCAAUGAUCCGGAUUCAUACGGUACCGCAUGAGCCAUGGAAUGUGAGAGGUCCACGAUAUCCGAAUCCAGACGAUCACCGGAAGGUGGUGGAUAAUCUUGAUGGUAAGAUUCAGACCAAAGUGGCAGACUAUUCGUAUGGGUCAUAUGCGUCUCCUUGGUUCUGCUUUAUCAAGCUGAACGGUGUUUUGCGAUGGGUUCAGGACCUGCAGAAGUUGAAUUCUGUAACAAUCCGAGAUGCGGGUGGACUUCCGAACGCCGAUCAACUCUCGGAAUCUUGUGUAGGCCGGCCCAUCAUCACCCUAAUUGAUUUAUAUUCAGGGUAUGAUCAGUUCCCGCUGUACACAGCGGAUCGACCUAUGACGGCGAUGCAUACGCCUCGGGGACUGCUUCAUAUGUGUGCGGCUCCGCAAGGUUGGACAAAUGCCGUGACAAUUGUGCAGAGAUAUAUGAUGAGAGUCAUGCAGUCGCUUUGUCCGGACGUGACUUCUCCAUAUAUUGAUGAUUUGGCUAUCCCAGGACCUCGAGUCAAGGACGAAACUGAAGUGUUAACCGGCGUUCGAAAGUUCGUGUGGGAACACAUCAGCAAUGUGGAAAAGGUUCUGAGGAAACUGAAGGAGUAUAACCUCACAGCUAGUGGGGUUAAAUCAAGGCAUGACAAGGGACUCCAACCGGAGCCGCAGAAGGUGGCAGCUAUCAGGGACGCGCCAGUGCCUACCACUAUCACGCAAGUUCGCGCCUUUCUGGGCCUAGCCUCGUACUACCGAAGAUUUAUCAAGGGCUUUGCGGCGAUUGCGGGACCCCUCACGAAUCUCCUGCGCAAGGAUCAAUCUUUGAUCUGGACACCGGAGUGCGAUCAAGCAUUUUCCAAACUCAAGGCUGCUCUCAUUUCGGCUCCGGUCCUUAUAAGACCGGAUCCCGAAAAACCUUUUGUUCUCAUCACAAACUGGCAAUCAGAGGCGAUCUCGACGAUCCUUGCCCAGGUGGGACCGAGCGGACUCAAGAGUGUAGUGGAGUAUGCGUCUAAAUCAGUGCCCCCCUGCAAGGACAAUUACGCCGCUCCAACGGGUGAAUGCUAUGCGGCUCUCUGGGGAAUCAGUCACUUCCGUGCUUACCUGUACGGGCGAAAAUUCACCUUCGUGACUGAUCAUGAGCCCCUGUUCGCUCUGAAGAAGUCGAAGGAUUACUCGGGCAUGAUCGGGCGAUGGGCAACGGUGCUGCAGAGCAUGGACUUUGACAUUCGUCAUCGAAAGCACGAGAGACAUGGAAAUAUGGACGGACUGACACGACUGCACCGGCCUGAGAAAGUUCCGAGGAAUGAGGAGGUGAUUCCGUGGAACGGACCCGAGCAGAAGAUUGGACCUUGGUACGGCCAAGUGGAGAUUUUGUCAAAGCAAGUACAAGUGAAGCGGAUGGGCACUAUCGAGCACCCCACGUGGAUCGAGAAUCCGGAGCUSCUGAUCAUACAGGGUUGGAGGACUAACGCGGAAGGAGAUCUUAUUGGAUUCCUCKUUGGAUCGGUACGACCGGGUCGCCGUCAGUUGAUUGCACAGGAGCUCAUCUUACCGAUCGUGCAAUUGGCGGAUGAUCUCUCGCCCGACAUCUACUUUCAGAGCGACAACAGUCCUGCUCCGUACAUUUUCGAGCGAUCCUUGGAUCCGUACCUUCAGUGCACUUCGUGCUUGGAGGAACCUAGGGACGAGGAUACCCUACCAUCGUGGCAGGAGUAUCUGAAGCCGUACGAGAUCAUCCCUUACGCCUUCUAUCCGAGCGCAGAGGAAGUGGUGAUCAACGACGACGACGGAGAAGAAGACAACGACGAGGAAACAUUGGAGGAGGGAAGCUAUAGUGAACAUAGCGAGGGCGAGCUGAGUGAGGAGGAAAAGGAAGAAGAAGGAACCGGACCCAAGUGGCAAGCCCCACCGGAGGAAGCGACGCGUACGGGAACGGAGGCGGAAGAUCCGGAAGCGGCGCGAAGGAGCGAAGAGAUUGCCCCCGGAAAGCGCCGGCUGGAGUUCGCUAGCGAGGCUAGCCUGUGCAUCGGUAGCGCUCCGAUCAAGGAUCCAGAGCCGCCGAGGCCCGAAGAUGGCGGCCCUGCAGCCGCCACCUCAAACAAGGGACUCCAACCGGAGCCGCAGAAGGUGGCAGCUAUCAGGGACGCGCCAGUGCCUACCACUAUCACGCAAGUUCGCGCCUUUCUGGGCCUAGCCUCGUACUACCGAAGAUUUAUCAAGGGCUUUGCGGCGAUUGCGGGACCCCUCACGAAUCUCCUGCGCAAGGAUCAAUCUUUGAUCUGGACACCGGAGUGCGAUCAAGCAUUUUCCAAACUCAAGGCUGCUCUCAUUUCGGCUCCGGUCCUUAUAAGACCGGAUCCCGAAAAACCUUUUGUUCUCAUCACAAACUGGCAAUCAGAGGCGAUCUCGACGAUCCUUGCCCAGGUGGGACCGAGCGGACUCAAGAGUGUAGUGGAGUAUGCGUCUAAAUCAGUGCCCCCCUGCAAGGACAAUUACGCCGCUCCAACGGGUGAAUGCUAUGCGGCUCUCUGGGGAAUCAGUCACUUCCGUGCUUACCUGUACGGGCGAAAAUUCACCUUCGUGACUGAUCAUGAGCCCCUGUUCGCUCUGAAGAAGUCGAAGGAUUACUCGGGCAUGAUCGGGCGAUGGGCAACGGUGCUGCAGAGCAUGGACUUUGACAUUCGUCAUCGAAAGCACGAGAGACAUGGAAAUAUGGACGGACUGACACGACUGCACCGGCCUGAGAAAGUUCCGAGGAAUGAGGAGGUGAUUCCGUGGAACGGACCCGAGCAGAAGAUUGGACCUUGGUACGGCCAAGUGGAGAUUUUGUCAAAGCAUUUCAUCACGGAGCGGGUUCUCGACGCACAGCUGCGGCAGCCACGUGGCCAUAUCUCAGAGAUCCGGCAAGUUUAUCACCCUCGGCUCAAUACGGAUCUCCGCCGUUUGAUGCGAUUCUUCUGCGACGAGGGUAUCUUUGCCGCCGCCGUGUUUCGAAUAGAAGGAAGCCCUCACGCGAUAGUGUUCGCGGAGGUUACUGCAGUUCAUGGGCGAGCGGGUCCCAGAACGAGCCACGUCACCACAGUGGCGGGAUUCACCGGCGACGUCAGCUCGGUCAAUCCGCUGCGGCAUACCGCGAUCUUGGCCUCGCUGCGCGAGUGGACGGAGCAAGUGUCCAACGUGUGGCAGCACGUCCUUGCCCGGGAGGGGUAUAACAUCAUCCCGAUCUUUGCAUCGGAUCUUGAAGGUAUUCGCCGAUCACCGCGCGAGCGGCCUGUUGCGAUCCCGACCAUUAGCGACAACAGUCCUGCUCCGUACAUUUUCGAGCGAUCCUUGGAUCCGUACCUUCAGUGGACUUCAUGCUUGGAGGAACCUAGGGACGAGGAUACCCUACCAUCGUGGCAAGAGUAUCUGAAGCCGUACGAGAUCAUCCCUUACGCCUUCUAUCCGAGCGCAGAGGAAGUGGUGAUCAACGAUGACGACGGAGAAGAAGACAAUGACGAGGAAACAUUGGAGGAGGGAAGCUAUAGUGAACAUAGCGAGGGCGAGCUGAGUGAGGAGGAAAAGGAAGAAGAAGGAACCGGACCCGAGUGGCAAGCCCCACCGGAGGAAGCGACGCGUACGGGAACGGAGGCGGAAGAUCCGGAAGCGGCGCGAAGGAGCGAAGAGAUUGCCUCCGGAAAGCGCCAGCUGGAGUUCGCUAGCAAGGCUAGCCUGAUGGACUUCAUGCAAAGCACUUUAGACCAGAUCCUCGAUGCAUUGACAAGGCCAGGAUUCCGGCCACCAGCACGAUCGCCGUUGCCGUUAACGGCGAUGUCAGGCCCCUUUGCCGUACAAGUUGGCACACAGCCAAGUGGUACGUCUGCAACAGCAGCACAGACUGUUGCAUCUUCUUCUUCGGGUCCAGCGGUGGUUGCUACACCACCGCAACAAGCUAGUCCUCCACAAGGACAGCCGCAAGGUCAAUGGUACCCCAAGACCCCAAUGAAACCUCCUCUUGCCUUCUCAGGCGAGAGGAAGGACGAAGAACUCAACACAUGGUUGAGGACAGUCCCGGUUUGGGUGAAGGUCAAAAGGACCUUGCCUGAGGAUGAAGUGGUAAUUGCGGCGUCUUACCUAGAGGGUAAGGCAGCCAAAUGGUUAGAUGGUGUAGUUGUGAAGGCCGGUUAUGGGCGACGCAUGGCGGAUUGGGCUAAGUCAUUGACUUUAGACCAAUUCAUGGAGAUGGUAGAAGCUCGAUGGCAUAACCCACAGGAGGCUCAAAGGGCCACUGAUGCCAUUAACAAACUUGACCAACGCAAGUUCAGUUCUUGAGGGUGAGUCUAUCAUCAUUUAUUGUGCCUAGCUGUCCUUAUCCUUUCUGGUUUUUUUUUUUUUUUUUUUAACAAAUAGCAUGCUUCAUU